CGUACGUUUCUUUUUGUCCUACUUCGUAUGCACCGGUAAUAUCCGAUUGUUUUAACUGGACUCGGGAGAAGCGUCGCCACGUCGUUAGUAGAUCUAAAGAAGAAUAAAAGCUAUUCUAAAACUUCAUUUGAGAGUGAUUUUCUGAUAGUUAAGACAGUGUUUUACUCAGAUUCUACACCAUGGUCAGUUUUCUACAUUUAGUUUCUUUGCUUGUGUUCGCCUUGUCGGCGGUAAGCUUAGCAGACGAAGCUGCACAAGAUGCUGGUGCUAACGAAAUUACAGUUGAAGUUAUCGCUCCUCCUCCUGAAGAUUGUGAGAAAAAGAGUAAACGAUAUGACUUGUUAUCCAUGCAUUACGUAGGCACUUUAACAGAUUCCGGUAAACAAUUCGAUUCAAGGUAUGUCUUGGAUAAUAUAAAUACAUUUUAAAUAAAUAUGAAGUCAAAGACAAGCCUAACUUAACACUUAACUAACUAAACUAGAUCUAAAACUAAAUAUUAAACUAAUACUAAUACAUUUAUUAUUAUAUACACUAUAGGCAUAGGUAGGUACUAUUUACUAUUAGACUAUACUACACAACUAUACAAACAGUGUACAGUGCACAUUCUUAAAUCUCAUAUCUUAUUCUUAUAUUAUAUACUACUACUAAUACUACUAUUACUUUCACAUUUUGUGAUAUCUGUACUACUGUACUCUUAGCUUAUUGGUAGUCUAUAAUUACUAGGAUCAGGGCCUAAGCCUUAUAUUUAUGUCACUUAGUCUUGUCUUGUUUUGCCUGUGCAUGUGGUGUAUAAUUUGAAUUUGUAAAUAUACUAAAGAUAUAAUGAAUUGAAUUAAAUUAUAUAUCUAUAAAUUUACUUUCUCCUUGCGAUGGCGUUUCCUGUGGAUGGCAUCUUGCAGUCAUGACCCGUAUCAGGGAUGUUUGCAACCAAGGUGGCGCCAUGUAAAAAUUCUCAAUCUGAUCAAAUGGGGAGGGCAAAUGAAGAGAAUGUUAAAAUUUAAUUUUAAAAAUUUCCUCCUGUACCGACCUAUAAAUUUCAUGGUCGCUGUAGCUACUUUAUUGUAUCCAUUUAGAUAUGUGACCUGCUGUGCCGGUGGCCCCCUUCCUGACAUAAUUUCAGUGGGUACAUGUUCCAUAUACAAUACAAUAAUUAAACCCAUUUUCCAAAAUGCCGGAAAAUUUAAAUAUUAUAAUUAAUCAACCAAUGAAAUUUUAAUUUAAAACAUUACAUCGUAGUUUUAAGGGGGAAAAGUUAACCCUAGUAACAACAAGAAGAUCAACAAAAGAGAUAGAAUCCUAUACCGACAUACGGAGAACGUUAAUUACCCCAUUUAUCAUCUAAACCAGGCCUGCACAACAUACAGCACGGGGGCUGCAUGCCGCCGACUUUGCGGCCCGCAAGUAACAAAAUAUUCUUUAUUUUUAUUAUUUUCUUAAUAGCUUUCCUAUUAUCUUUCAGUCCGCACAAGUUUUUCAUAAUGUAUUACGGCCCACCUUACAUUUUGCGUUGUGCAGACCUGUUCUAGACUACUCUCUAUAUUGUAGGCCAAGGUAUUAUCACUAAAACUAAAUAGGCAUUAACACUUAAAGUAAAAGACUUUAAUCUGCCAUUGAGUAUUAUUGACACUGUGAUUGUCAGUAUUUGUAUUACUAUUAGUAUUAGUGAGGCUUACAUUAUAUGGAUAACUCUUUUGUAAAAAAAAAAGGCAUAAAUGUCAACCUGUAGACUGUAGGUUUUACAGGUACUUUGUACAGUUUUUAAAUGUUUGCCAAGGCAUAUGACCUCACAGGCUUUUUUAGAGUUUUAAACUAGAUUAAGAAAAGAAAAAUAGUUUUGCACAAGAUACGUUAAAAACUGGUUGGGCAAAAAAUUGAACAUUUGACAAGAAGAAUCUUAAAUCAUAUUUGUCAGCACAAAAUGACCAAGUUGAGGAUAAGUAGGCAAUCUAAAUUUAGAAACAGUGCCAUUUCAUUGUUACCGGUAUCAUUCUUUAAUACUAAGACAAUGUCAUUUGGGAGUAACCACUUUGAGUAGUAAACCAUAAUUACAAGUCUGUGUGUGUAAUCCUCAACGAAAACAGCAGUAUUCAUAAGUUUUCUAUUAAUUUACAUUAAAUAAUUAAAUAAAUUAAUAUUAAUAUUGCUAUCAAUCAAUGACUAGAAAUAGUUAUUAUUCCUAUUUUUUUACAGCGGCAUUACUUAAUCCACCUGUUAGUAUUAAAAAUUAGGUUAUAAUAUAAAUUAAAGGUAAACUCAACAAAUUUGUCAAGAGGGACAAACUUUAUUACACUGCGUUAAUUUAAAUAUGGGAAUCUGUAUUACUAAAGCUAGCAUAAUUAAAGAAGAAUUAUUUAAUUACAUCUUAAUUGCUAUCAAUUCAUUAUGUAUCCAUUUUAAUAAAGUUGCUAUUGACCAGUGUCAAAACCCUCAAAAUUAAAAAAAAAAUCUGACAUAAUAAAUGUUACAAGCUAUUUUAAUUUAAAAGAUGUGAUAUAUCCACUUAUAAAUUAUUUUAAGUAAACAUGCUUUUAAAUGUUUUGGCACAAAGAGGAGAUUAUUCUUAAUUUUUUGAUAAAAAAAAAUUUUGAAUAGUAUUUUAAAAAAAAAUUUCUUUGACUUUUUAUUUUAUUCUGCUCAGUUUUUCAUGCUGUUGGACAGUUUUUCAUGCUGUUGGACAGUUUUUCAUGCUGUUGGACAGUUUUUGGGGGAUUUUUUAAAACAGUAUUUUGAUCCCACAGGUUGGCAUGUAUGAAAAGUUGCUCUCCACAUUAGCAUUAGGAGACACCAAACUUGAUAAUCUGCAAAUCACUGAAUAAAUGCUAACUGAAUAGGGCUUGUCAUUUAAUGGCGGAAAUCUAUUAAUAGAACUGAUGUCAUUAUUACUCAUCAUCCGGGUACUCAGCGCGGACAAAAUGUCAACACUGUUCAGUAUUACUAUGUUAGCGAAGUGUCCUUGAAAUUUGUUUACAACUACAACUCUAUUUUACUAAAUAUUUUACAUAUUUUUUUUUACUUCUAUUUUCUGAAAUGCGACUUCAUUGCUUGAACGGCAAAUGUAACAGUAACUGGAGAUACAAGGAUCGUCCGAACGAUAUGCUGAAACACACUAUAAGCUGCCAUUUUUUAAGCAAUAUUUGUCCGCUGACCUUCUAAAGAUAGUACCCUAUGACGUUUCCAGUCUAAGAAAUGACAAAGCCUAUGUUCACUGUACUCUGUAGUCCAAAUUUACCAUCUGAAAUAUUCAUUUUCAAAUCAAAAUUUCACUGGAAAAUAAUAGGAUCAUAUAUAUCCAUAAUGCCUAUAAUUAAAAAUUCAAAGGCCUUGUAGAUACCAUAAACAUAACAUUUUGGUCAGGACAUAAAACUUUAUUAAUGAUUAGUAACCAAGUAAGCUUUGCAUGUCAAUAUUCUGACUAUUAUGGACUACAGUUCAAUCAACUGUGAGUGUACUGAGGCACAGUAGCUUACUUAAAAGUUCACAAAUACUGAACAUAUCAGCAAAAAAAGCUUGCCUGCUAGGAAGCUUGGGCAAGGGUAUUAUUUUCUUGUGUAAUGAAAAGUCCAAAUUUUUUUUUUUUGGAGGCUUCCAAAAAUAUUCUUUUUCAUUUGUUUUGAAAGGAAAGUUAGUAGAAUAUCUCAAUGAAGUACAAAGCUCCCUGUUUGAUUCCAUAAGGGUGUGCUAACUCAUAACAUGAUAACAGCAAUCAUGGGAGCCCGCAGAUGGGGGCAAGGGGGGGCACUUGCCCCACCCCCCCCCCCCCCCUGGAUUGAUUGGAUAAUAAAACUUUAAAAUUUUAGACAAAAAUAGACAAAAAAUGUAUUAAAGUAAAGAGAAAAUAAAGAGAAAGUAACUAAGCUGAUGUCCUGUCCGUUCGUUCACCAUACAAAUACGCUACUGUAAAUUAUACUACAUUAAAACAUUACUAAAAAUUUUGUUGCCCCUCCCCCCUAGAAAGUUAAUCGAUUUUUUUGCGCCCCCCCCCCCUAGAAAGUUUUCUGCGGGCGCCCAUGACAGCAAUGUACAUUAUUUUCAUUUCUGAGGAUAUUGAACAUAAUCCUUAAUCUUUCCUAAAUAAAAUGCAUCAUCUUUCAAAACUACUUAUUAUGGUUGGCCCAUUAUGUCUAGUGCUCGACUUACGACCUAUGCAACUUACGACCAUUCGACUUUACAACCACAAUCACUAGCCAUUCUGUAUUAGAUUUCAGAUUUAUUUCUUCCUCAAUUAUCAUUCAAACAUUAUGAUAUAUAACAAUAAUAAAAGAAAAUUAUGAUAUAAUUGAAUUUGAAUAUUUUUAUAACAUCACACACACACAGUUUUAGAGCAGUGGCUCUUGUGGCAAUAUGCAAUGUAUUAGGUUAAUCAGGAGCAAAGAUAAGAAUCUUAGAUCCCUUGCCAUAAAGAUAAAAUUUAAUUGUGAAAUAGGAUUAGUUAAUUGGUUCAACUUACAUUGACAGCUGAUUUUUAAUACAUACCGUUGUAAAAAUUGGAGCUUUCUCCUAGUGGUCUUUAUCUUACAAGAUAAUUGACCUUGACCAAACUGAUAGGUGAAACUCUUUUUUUCUUAAGAUAAACCUAGAUAGAAAAAGUGUUCAUAUCAAACUCUGGUAGUUAUUUGUUCCCCGUCAUUAUUGAAAUAUAAACAUAAUAUACAAAAUUAAUUUUAGAAAUAAACUAAUCAGUACAUAUUCUAUUCCACUAAUAGCCGUGACAGAGACCAACCAUUUGAAUUUCAACUGGGCACCGGACAAGUUAUCAAAGGCUGGGAUGAAGGUCUCCUAAACAUGUGUGUUGGUGAAAAAAGAAAACUGACCAUUCCAUCCAGCAAAGGUUAUGGCGAGCAAGGUGCCGGUAAGUAUCCUUCCUUGUUAACAUGUCAUAUGUAUGUAAAUCUUAAGUAAAACCCUAAUGUAAGUCAAGUGACGAAAUGAUUUUUACUCAGUUACAUUUUUAACCAUGCUGAGAAACUAUCCACAUGGGACAUUGAUUGUGUCAUCUAAACAUGUCGGUCUGUCUGCCAUUAGUGGCAUUUUGGUCUUGUACAACUUUAAAUCCCAUUUAAAAGGAGAAAUUUAUUUUUAAUUACUUUCCCUGGAUUUAUAUUAUGCUCUUAAAUGAACACUUGUUUGUGUAAUUGAAAAUUUAUCCAUUAGAAUAUUGGGACAUAAAUGUAUUUAAUGCAAUUAAUUUCAAAAUCUGUAGAUUUGUAGUAUUGGCAAAGGAAAUAUUUUCAAAAUAUAUUCAGAUAAUUUCUAACUUUUUUUUGUUUAGGUGAAUUGAUUCCUCCAAAUGCUGGUCUGACAUUUGAAGUUGAGUUGGUUGGUCUUAAAGACGGCACUCCACCACCAAAUGUUUUUAAAGAGAUUGAUGCUGAUGGUGAUAAAUAUCUUUCCCAAGAUGAGGUUUGUUUCUGUUGUAGUGUAUAUGAAAAGACCAUAGAAUACACUUGCCUAAAACAUUUUUGAUUUAAAAACAAAAACAACACAGUAUAGUUUUAAGUUGUAAUGCAGCAAUAGGUUAUUUGUUAUUAGCCAGAUAGAGACUUUUUUGAAAUCUAAUACCAGUAUAUGUUUUAAGUAGCACUGUAUUGGGCUUAUAUAAUAUUUCAUGGGACCAUUUUCAAAAUAUCAGUCUUGAGAUGCAUAACUUGAAGAGAGCAACAAAUUUCCAAUCUCAUUGAAUCAAUUAUUAAAGUGAACAUAUUAAGGAUACAAUUGCUUUUAAGCACCAGACCUUUUUACCUGACGUGUUUACUCUCACGAUUUUGGCAUACAAUGUAUGAUUUUGAGGUUUAUUUUACGAUUAUACACCAAGACCUGUCACAACUGCGAUUUUUAUGAAACUGGUUCAAAAUAUAAUAUACAUUCAGGUAGUUUUUCCAAUUAAAAAAUAAUAAUUAAAAAGUACAUUUUUGUUGCCAGUUUUAACCUUCUUUCUACAUCCAGCAGUGAAUAGAUCAAGAAAUAUGAUUGGGUGGGGACUUAUUACAUUUGCCCCGAGGGGGGAAGGUGGUGGUGUUGAUUCAGGAGAUUUUGUGUACUGGUGUGUGUGGGCGGGGUGUCUAAAUAUUUAAGUCUUUAGCAUAAACACAGCCACAUUUGUUUUAAUGAUAAUGUGGUGAUGGAUUGUAUUGUCAUUUUGUUUGUUUUCAUAAUUAACUCGCAAGACACAGUAAUAUUGGUGUAGUCACCAAGGUCCUUUCGGUACUUUAUGAUGUAAUUUAGGGACAUAAUUAUUUUGUUCGGUUUGCACGUUCACCCAUUAAUAACUAUAGCAAAUACACGUCUGCAAAAAAAAUAAAACGAUAGCAGAUUACAAUAUAAUCGUCUGUCAUCUACUUUUAGCAGUUAAACUUUUUUGAUGCCAGCUUAACUUGAUCCCACUAGACACUGCAAUGCGAGUAGUUAUUCUAUACAUUAUAUAUACUGUAUAAUUAUAUAUUUACAAUUAAGAUACUGUAUUGUACAACUGUGAGAUGAUUUUGUACGAUUUUAGGAGUUUGAGGGUAAGCAGGUCUGUAGCAUGCUUAAUUUCAUUGUAUCUUCUUACCAGGUUAGCUCUUCAUUUUCACAUUGUAAUAAAUGAAUAUCUUGUUUCUUAAGUUGAAUUGUCCUCUAAUGUACACCCCCAGGUGUCAGACUAUUUGAAGAAACAAGUAUCCAAGUCAGGUGACAAGACACAAGAUCAUUCUGAUCAACACAAAGAAAUUAUAAUCCAGAUUUUUAACCAUGAGGAUAAAGAUAAAGACGGACUUAUCUCCCAUGAAGAAUUUAGCGGACCAAAACACGAUGAGCUCUGAGUGUGGAUCUCUUAGUACACUGUUGAUUUGUCUUGCCGUUAAAUAUUGCUGUUCAAAAUAUUUGGUCUUAAUCUGAUGAUGGCACCAAAAGUUUUUCUAUAGUGUGAAAUUGUGUUACACUGUACACAUUUUUUGGUCAUGUUAUUUGUGUUUAAUUUUUGUAUUUUAAUAUUUGGUUUAGGGUGUGCUGUGGUUUUAUUGUACUAGUAUGUUUUCCAUCAAUGUUAAUUGUGUUCCUCAAAGAAAUGCUCAUUUUUCUUGGAAGUUUCAGAUUUUUUAGUGCUCAAUUUUCAUAGUUAAAUAUUCUUUACUUAUAUACACUUAUUUGAAAAGCGAACAUCAAACAGAUUAAAUAUAAAAAAAUAAUUGCUCUGCUUGCUUUCUUAUUGUUUCAGUCAUCAGCCCCCCGUUUUCCCUGGUAUGUUUUCGGUCAAUUAUUCAAUAAAUGAUAAAUGACCAUUAAAAAGUUUCUCUCAAAUUUUUUUUACAAUUGGCUGUUAUGAAUGGUUGCUUUGAUUAUUAAUUAAAGCCACUAACAUUACAGCCACUAACACAGCUGAAAUAACAGACAUUAAGAAACAAAGCUCAGUUCUCAGCAUUAUUAUUUUUAGGAGCAUUUCAUUUGCUAUGCAAGUGAUAAGUGUAACAUUUUGCUUGCCAUGCAAGCAAAUCAGUAGCCUUUAAAUAUGCAUAUUUUUUAAAAGAUAAAUUAUCAUAAUUGCAAACACUGCUGUGUAACAACUUUCAGAAAACAGGUGUAUUUUGUUAGUUUAAAGAAAAUUGUUUAGAAUUUGAUAUAUGUUGACCACAAACUUGACUCCAAAGUUAUAUGAGAUUAUAUUGCUAUAAUGUCUAAUAAAUUGUGCCUUUUAUGCCUCCGCACCUAAUAAGAAUUUGCAAUAUUAUUCUUUAAGACAGGAUAUUUUUGUUUCUCUUUGUAAAUUAUAUAAUCAAAAUUUUGCUUACAUAUUGUUUUUGGUUUUUUUACCAGUCAUUAAGUAAAUGAGAAUCUGACAGGUAUAAACUUGUGCAUAGUUAUUAACCGCAUUAACUUGUAUUAUUCAUUUUGGGAGUGAACUCAUUUUCAGUAUAAGUAAGUAUAAAGAUAAACAGUGAUUAUUGUGAAGCCACUCUUGUAAUAAAUGAACAGGUUUUCAUUUCAAAGUCCUCAACUGGUCAAACUUUACUGCUACUUUAAUUUAAUCUGGAAAAUAUAAAAUUAUUGUUAACCAUUUAUCAUUCUUUUAAAAGUUUCUGUAAUUCCUUCAAACAUGGCAUUUCCAACAAUUUUACUAAAAGAAUAAUGACCUCGUUGUGUUUUUUACCAGCAUUUUAAGUUUUAGAUUUCUGUUUACAUGAGGCAAAAUACCUUUGAAUGUUCUAAAAUUAAGCUUUUCUCUUCUGGCUAGGUUCAACAUUGAAUUUUUAUCUUAUACAUCAUGGACAGUAUUCUAUAAUGGCUUAAAAAUGUUUAUGGCUGCUGCACUUUACAAAUAAAAAACAUUGUGUUAUUAUAUGAGAAAGCAUACAACCUUAUUCAUUAAAAUGCUCUAUUUUUAUUGUUGAUAUUGUUUUAGAAUAUAAUUGAAGCACUUAUAUUUAACUUCUUCCAUUGGUGAAUAGUGUUGCAUUUAGUAUAUAUUUAUUGGUAACAUAAUUUAUUAUUUAAAGAAAUUCUGUAAACGAUUUUUUUUUUGUGUAAAUGAUUCUUAAACAAUGUAUAAGUAUAAAUAAAGCAGUGGUGCUUUAUUUAUCAUGCCUUUGUACUGUUAAAUUACCAGCAAGUUGUCCUAGGUUAAUUGCUUGUGCCCAUUUUAAGUACUUUAAAUUGUGUGCAACAAGAAUCUCAAUAAUUAAAUGAUAGAAAAAUUUCAUAAAUACAUAUUAUAGACAAACAAAUCGCAACUGGUAUUUAUUUAUUGUCCUAUGUACCAUAUACUUUUGUGUGUUAAGUGAUUUUAAUGUUAAUAACAUUAUAUCUGUUUUUAAGUGUUGAUGUAGGUGAAACAUUCCAUUGUAUCAGGGUAAACACCUCAUUUUCAUCAACAUACAGAAACAUUAGAAAUGGACUGAAAUAAAACAAAUUUGCUGCUGGAGGUAUUGUGUCUAUGUAGGUACCAUACAUCUGCAUGCACAUACUUUUAUAUCCCAUAAAGUACUAUGUUAAACAAUAAUUUUUAAAAUAUAUAAUUUGAAAUGAAGAAUUAAAAUACAUAUAAAAUAAAGUAAAUUUUUAGUUUUACUUUUUUUUUUUUUUAUGUUCAUAAUUGGAAAAAAUUAGGAUUUUGUAGCUUAAAACUGCUGAAAAGUGUAAUGAUAAUUAAAAUACUGAGUUUUGAUAAGAUACUAUUACAUACAUUUACUUUGGACACUAUUAUUUCAUAAGACACUUUGGAGACUAUUACAUUACAAUAUUAAAGUCUCAAUUAAAACAUCAAAGAAACAACUGAAAUUGCACAAAUGAAAUGAUCACCAAAGGGAGCAA